CCCAUAAGACGCGAGGGCCGGGCCGAGGCUGGUGGUGAGUGAAAAUGUCACUUUCCAAGUGGCACAUUCUCUCACUAUCAAAAGCAGAGUUCUUGGACGACAUAAAGUGGGUAACUGUGUUCGGACCGAGUGGAAACGAAGCCAUAUUGGUCACCCAAAGCAACGAGCUAUACGCCAUUGGAACCAAUGGAAACUGUUGCUUGGGACUUGGGACUCCGAUCACUCCUGGCUUUACACCAAAGAGGAUAGAGUCACUGAAAGGAUUGAAUAUUUCCUCCAUAGCCUAUGGCAGUGAUCCACAUGUACUAGCAUUGACCGAGGAUGGUACAAUAUAUGCUUGGGGUGCUAAUGGCUACGGGCAGUUAGGGCGUGGCUCCACAUCGGUCCACUCUAAUCUACCAAAACCAGUUAAUCAUGCACUUGGAGGUGUGAUUGUGUCUAAGGUUGCUUGUGGUGGGUUUCACUCGCUUGCUCUCAGCAAUAAAGGAGAUGUGUAUUCGUGGGGAUUCAACAACUGUGGACAGCUAGGCUGUGGUGAUACAACCAGUAGGUAUAAUCCUAAUAGGGUCACUGGAUUACUUGAUGGGAAGACUUGCAUUCAUGUAACGUGUAAUCACACUUCCUCUUUUGCUCUUACAGGCGAAGGAGAGAUAUUAUCUUGGGGUCAGAAUGGCAGUGGACAGCUUGGCAUUGGCUCCACAUUACAGCAGCUUCAACCAGUCAACGUUCAGAUCAAUGAUGCAUUUAUUGAUCAGAUAGUGACGGGGUACUCACAUGCUCUUGCAUUGAGUGAAUGCGGCUCAAUUUAUGCUUGGGGUGCAAACACUCAUGGUCAGCUUGGAAAUGCUUCAAAGCAAUGCGUAUCAUCACCAACGAUCAUUAACAACAUUGGAAGAGCAUCAGAAGUUGCUGCUAUUCACUUAUCUCACAUUUCAGCUGCAACCAUCAGUGGAAAGGUAUAUAUUUGGGGCGAAUGCUGUCAUCAGAAUGUGUGUGCUCCUCUUGUAACUGAUUUCAAUAGCAUUGAUGAAGUGUUUGCUUGUCUCUCUUCUCCAAGUUGCUCAUGGAGACCAUUCAUGAACAUAUUACCUAAGAAAGAUUUAUCUAGUUGCAUUGAGAACAGGUUCAACGAUAAGGAGACAUCAGAUAUGGUGUUUAUUGUAGAGGGCAAUCACAUUUACGUUCACAGGGUCAUCCUGAGAAUGAGAUGUGCCUACUUUUACUCCAUGCUGCAGAAUGGGAAAUGGAAGGAAAGUGAAAUGGAUACUUUUGAGAUCAAUGAUUAUCCUUACCACAUAUUCAAAGCCUUCGUCAGCUAUUUCUAUACUGAUAAUGUUGACCUACCAAAUGAGGACAUACCAGAUUUGUUAGAACUCUCUGAUUGCUAUUGUGAGACGGAGCUAAAGAAGAAAUGUGAAUUAUUAUUAAAGAGAACAAUCUCUGUUGAGAAUGCGAUUGCAUUAUACACUAUAGCACUAAGAUACCAAGCUAAGGAGUUGCAAGAAUGCUCAUUUCGGUACAUCACCAGACACUGCAGUGCAGUGAUACUUAGUAAGGACUUUAUUGGGAUGGAGGAGUCAAUUUCUAAGAAGUUGUUGGUGAGUCUUGCUGAGGCAGGAGUCUUCAAGAGUUAGAAAUGAAGUGCAUUUUAGUACUUCAUUUUUUGGUAGUUUUUCUGAUCUAUUUUUUGUUUCUUUUUGUGAUUUUUAUGGCAGCUUAUCCACUUAAAAUUUGAUAUACCAGAUAGACAGUUGUAUUAGAAUUAUUUAUCAUUGUUAUUAUUAUCAUAUAGACUUGUUUAUUUUUGUUUAUGUAAAUAUUAUUUAUUAC